AUGCAUGCGAUAAACAAGCCGAAAUUGCCGCGGAAGACGCCCGAUACCAUCAAUGUCGUGAUCAGCGUAACCAACGACACGCUACCUUAUUGGUGCGAAGACAUCAGAGACGGCGAGUGGGGGGAAGACGUGACGAUCUCUGUGUACAUAAAGACGCCUGGCCUGAGGCCCGACGAGGAGCGGGUAUUGGCUAGCAAUGAUCGUUUCGAGAUGAUCGCAAUUCCUAACUUCGGGCGAAACGAGCACAGCUACGUGUGGCACCUUGCGCGCAAGGCUUCGUCGUUCGCAGGCGUUGAGAUCUUCACCAAGACCAAUGCCAUGAAUUGUGACGCCCAGUCACGCAAUAGGCAUGGCCGCUGCGACCUUGGAAGAAUGGUGAAAUACAUGGUGGACGUGGCGCGGAAUGGCAGUUAUGAGUCGGUGUCCUACCCGUGGGAUUUAGACCGUCGGUAUUUAGUCGUUCGGUGCGACCCAGUGUGGAACGACCAUCCUCUCUACCAUGACCUCUGCGAGGUAGCUCAGCCGGGUAAGAAGCCAAGCUAUUUGAUGCAGAUCAGGACCAGGAAUUACAAGUACGGCCGCGUUCCUUUAUUUAUUAUAAAUGAUCCAAAGGUUACCACGAGCAGUGGCCCAGCUGACCUUCGUUUUGCAUUGAGCCAAGUGCCGCAGCCGCUCCCUCUUAUCCAUGAGACAUAUGGUGAAGGCAUGUUCGCGGUGCGGCGGGACGUGUUGAACCAGUAUUCUGCGAGCUGGUACCACGAGUGGAAAAGCAUCACGUAUGCGCAAUUCCAAACGGCCAGGGACGAUGCCGAAGCCGCGAUGUUCAGCACAGCGUAUGACGGCCUCCAUCACGACGUCGUCAUGAUGGAGAUUUUCCCUCUGCUGUUCGGCCAGGCGACAGACAAACAGGAGGUCCACUACUGGGUCGACGACGGCUGCCGUACGGAACGCGACAGCAUCCCGCGUGACUACGCGGGGGCGUACGUACAAGAAGCACAGGCCGAGGCGUUUGCACGGUGCUGUGCGGAUGACGGUUCGUCUUGCACGUCGCCUCAGAAUUGUAUCGCGGAGCAGCCCGGGACACAUUUCGCCGCCGCGGCCGCGUGUCAUGAUCAGGGCAUGCGUUUGUGUACGAGCCACGAGCUCUUAUCCGAGGUGUGCUGCGGUACCGGUGGUUCUUGCGACAGCUACCCUAUCUGGACGAGCAGUGCCGGGGCGACGACGCCGCAGGAGAAGCCUGCGUGGCUCGUGUCCACAAGCACCGUGGAUUUGUUCGACACGGUUGACGCGAUGAUGAAGUUCAGCGAGGCUGACCGGAAGUUGCCUAUUCUGAUCGAUUCCUGGCGAGAAGGUGGGAGAGGGUAUGACGCGAACCAUUCGAUGUAUGCCAAGUCCGAGUACCUUGAGCACCCGGUAUACAUGCCCUUGCCAGAAUGGUGA